AUGCUUGACCUAUACUGCAACGCUGUAGUGACCGACUCUGCCUCUGACCUGAUCACCGACAUUGGUCGGUGUGUCGCGGGACCUUGCAUCAACUAUUGUUGCGAUGGAGAGGAGAGGCGGUAUGAAGACUGA